AUGGGAUUUGAUGAAAGGAAUUUAAGAGCAAUUCAUCAAAUGAAUUGUCCUCAUAAGGCACGACAAGCAUGCAACAACAAUACUCUCGCUAACUUUGCUGAGGAUUUCAGUCCUUCUCCUUCGCUAUUAAAUCAUAAUUCUGAUUUAUUGGCAAUGCGGAAACCCAAUACGGUUGACGAAAGCAACACUAAUUGUAUAGAUGGUCAGAGCUUAAGCAACAGUUCAGAUGAUGAGAAAGCUUCGGUCACAAGUGUUAAAGGCAAAACAAUAGCCACCAAAGGAACAGCCACUGAUACUCAAAGCCUUUAUGCUCGGAAACGAAGAGAGAAGAUUAACGAAAGGCUUAAGACACUGCAGAACCUUGUGCCGAACGGGACAAAAGUAGACAUAAGCACGAUGCUUGAAGAAGCGGUCCAUUACGUGAAGUUCUUGCAGCUUCAAAUUAAGAGUUGCCGCGUCUUUAGCAAAACUGAGCUAAACUGAAGAAACGUUAGAACAUAUCAUAAGUGGAGGAGAGAAGCAAAAGAAAGAACAAGGAAGAAAAAUAAGCAAAAGGAGACAGAUCCGAGUUCAUGUUUAUGAGAUAAAUUCUCGUCGAACCAGAAGGACUCAUAUCGCAAAUAAAGUGUCUUUGGAAAGGUCUUGCUGCCAAGAACCUACAGCCGCUGACACAUAUUCAAUUGGGAUCAUAUUCAAGAAGUUAUUCAUGUUUCUCCUUAGCUUUACGAGGAGGUGUUGCUUAAAUGUCUGCCUAUACACGUUGGUCUAUUUGGAAUUUUUUAGGAUUAUAAUGAGAAAUCGACCAGACCUAAAAUUAAAAAUAACAUACAAAAAAUAAACAUAAAAAUAUAUA